AGAGAGAGAGAGAGAGUGUGACGAAAGCGGAACCCAGGGCAUAGUCAGAGCGCAGGUCUGUGGGCGAAUAGGAUGCGCCAAAACGCAAAGGGAAAACGCCGCAUUAACUUUUUUGGAGGAAGCACGCAAUUUGGAGUUUGAGGACUCAGGAGUCGUGAGUGGCUCAAAUACAUUCCGGGAGAACUUCUUUACCACCUUCAUGACGCUUCAGUAGCUCAGCACGUUCAAAAGGCAUGCUUUAAAGAGGACAUAAUUCCUAAAUUACCAGGAGCGAUGGCAUCUUACCACGGCUUAGAGGGUGACGCAAUGGCCCUGAUGGUGCACGACACGAACGCGGUGAAGACGGAGGAGUUCGUGAAAGACGAGCCGGUCCGGACCGAAGCGAGCUCGGAGAAAACGGACCCGUCCCAGAAGCCGCCGUACUCCUACGUGGCCCUCAUCGCCAUGGCCAUCCGCGAGAGCUCGGAGAAACGCCUGACCCUGUCGGGCAUCUACCAGUACAUCAUCAACAAGUUCCCCUUUUACGAGAAGAACAAAAAGGGCUGGCAGAACAGCAUCCGCCACAACCUGAGCCUCAACGAGUGCUUCAUCAAAGUGCCGCGCGAAGGCGGUGGGGAGCGCAAGGGGAAUUACUGGACGCUGGACCCGGCGUGCGAGGACAUGUUCGAGAAGGGGAAUUACCGGCGCAGGCGGCGGAUGAAGCGGCCGUUCAGGCCUCCUGCGGCACAUUUCCAGCCCGGCAAGUCUCUGUUUGGCGCGGACGGUUACGGCUACCUGUCGCCUCCCAAAUACAUCCAGCCGAGCUUCAUGAACAACGCCUGGCCGCUCGCUCAACCUCCUCCUCCGCCGCCUCCGCCGCCCAUGUCGUCGUACGCGUCGUGCCAGAUGGCGAGCGGCGACGUGAGCGCCAUCAACAUGAAAGGCCUUUCCACCGCGCCUUACAAUCCGUACUCCCGCAUGCAGGCCAUGAGCCUUCCGAGCGUCAUGAACUCGUACAACGGCGUGAGCCAUCACCAACACCAGGCGCAGCAGCUAAGCGGAGCGCCGCCCGCGCCUUCGCCCGUACCGGGUAACAGUGCAGCGGGUCUCCAGUUCGCCUGCGCCGCGCGUCAGCCCAGCGACCUCUACUCGUACUGGGACCACGAAGCCAAGCAUUCAGCUCUGCACUCUCGGAUUGACAUUUAGGCGAAAACAAAACAUAAAACUGGAAACUGCUUGACCACUCAGUGUUGUGAACGUUUUCUAGGCCGCCUGGGAGGUCUUUUUAUUAUUUUUUUUACAUUUCAUUCCCUCUCCAGACGCACUGGGAAUAGAAAGUGGGUAGCUCUGAAGAAAGCAAAAAAAAAGAGAAAACCCCCCUGGGUUGGAUUAUGUCUUUUAGAGCUUCAAAUGAUGCACACAGAUGCACACAGAUGUUGAUUUAUAACAAUUGAAAUGUUUGUGCAGAUCUCCCUUAUAGGGGUCUCACUUACGCUUUUAUUUUUGAACAUUUCCAGCUCAGAAUAAACUCAUUCUUUACUGAACCGCAACGAAAAUUAAUAAACUUUUACAGAGCCUGUCUGAGUCCAGAUGAGCACAGUGUGGGUUCAUUCAAGACAAACACAGGCCAUAAGCCAUCAUGUUAAAAAGAUCUCGGACUGUUUCAAUUCAUCCAGUGUUGAUUUUUUGUUUUGUUUUAAUGAAGCUAAGUGUCUUUCUAUAAUUAAUGUGAGCCCUAAAGUAGCCCCAGUCUGUUGUUUACUCCAUUCAAUGUAGAUUAGCCCUUUUAGAAUACUGACAUGAUAGAUCUUAGAUAAAAAUUGUGUUAUAAAAAAUUACCAGACGAGACCUCUUUUCGUUCAUAUAUUUUUUAUACUUUUUUUGAAAUAUUGCUGGGACCAUGUUAAAUCGGCACUUACUUUAAAUAAAAUACUUUGGUGA